CGUGUCAGGGGCCAGCUCAGCCCGCGGGAGACGCUCCAAAAUGCUCCGCCUGGUUCCCGUCCGGGUCUCGCGUUUACAAAUCCCCAGGACAUCCGCCUGCUCCUGAGCCCCUGAAGCCGCCCCGGCCCUGAGCUCCCGGACACACUUCCUGGGCCAGCUGCCUCCGGGAAGGGGCGAUUGUGAGCUGGCACCCCGCUUCCCAGCCCCCCUCCGCCGGUCCCACGCGGCUGAGGAGCCCGAUGCCCGCUCUGUGCGGUGACCCGUGCUCUGUGGCAGUGCCAGGAGCCAUCUGCCAGAGGCCCGCAGGAUGGAGAGCGCCCGACCCUGCUUUCAGGCCAUACCAGUUGCCCUCUGCCUCCUCCUUGGCAUUGGGGCGGCAGCCCCAGGCCCUGGCUCAGACCCUGUCCUGCACAUGGCUGGGCACAAGGACUCAGGGGUGUGGGUCUUGUGUCUCUCUGCGGGGUGGUACCCAGAGCCCCACGUGCUCUGGAGGAAUGGCCGUGGGGAGACCCUGAGCCCCGAGUCUGAACAGAAACCGCUCAGUGACGACGGCCUAUUCAACGUCUCCAGCUCCUUGGUGGUGCUAGAGAGCUCGGACCCAGCACUGACCUGCACCAUCAGAGCCGGCUUCUCUGGCCCAGAGAGAGAGACAACAAUUCGUAUCACAGGGCUCUUCCCCAGGCAUGCCCCGGAAAUGACGGCCUUUCUCAUCUUUCUACCAGUAUUUCUCUUCCUCGUGCCCGUGGCGGUUUAUCUCUUCCGAAAGCUCCGGGUUCUCAAAGAGGAGACGUCCAAAGAGCGCGAAUGGAGACAAUUUCUAGAUAAAGUGUCCCUGUCAGCAGCAGAGGUGACGCUGGACCAGAGCACCGCCAACCCCUUCCUGGUGCUCUCAGUGGACGGCAGGAGUGUGACGUGCGGCAUCCUCUGGCAAGACGUCCCCAAGAGCGACUGGAGAUUCGACCCCCUCCCCUGCGUCCUGGCCUCCCAGUGCUUUGCAGCCGGGCAACGCUACUGGGAUGUGGAGGUGGGCCGGGGGGGAGACUGGACCAUCGGGGCCGCCUGGGGCUCUAUGGAGCACAUGGGGGCAUUCCGGCUGUCCCCAGAUGUGGGGGUCUGGGCCCUGCAGUGCCAGGAGGGGGAGUGGAGUGCUCUCACCUGCCCUGAGACCCCGUUGCAGCUGGAGUCAGCACCCAGGAUAGUCCGGGUGCACCUGGACUGCGAGCAGGGCAGCCUGGCCUUCUACAAUGCUGAGAACAUGUCACACAUCUUCACCUUCACCGGCUGUUCCCGGGAACCUCUCUUUCCCUUCUUCUUGCUCUGGAGCUCUGGGACGCAGCUCACCAUACUACCUCCGGGGCAGAGAAAGGCCAUGGAGAUGGACAGGACAACGUGUACAGUAACACCCAAACUGGGGAAAAGGCAGGGCAGUCUUAUAGAACUUCUGAUCAUGCCAGGGCAGAGUUAAGGGUGUUUGGCUGGGAAUUCCCUUGCGUUCAAAGGGGCAAAAUUAAGAGUGUUAAAUUCCUUUGUCUUCCAAGGGGCAGAGUUAAGGGUUUUUAACCAGGAAUUUCCUUGCAAAGGGACAGCAUCUGUCUUUGCUUCAGCAUCUUUGGUUUGUUUAUUUCAGUUCCUUUCUGAAUCACUUUUGGGAAUGAAAUGAACAGCAGAGAUUCCUGACCCCUGGGAAUGGCAGGGGGCCCUUAACCCCUAUCUGGCCAGGAAAGACAGGGGCUAAUUGUCAUGGUUUGAUCCUUGACAAGACCCACGUGGCCUUGGAAGAAAGCAGAGUCUGGGGCCAGUCAGGACCAGAGCAGACCUGCUCUGCUGGUUUGGGGAAGGAGGCAGUUCAGAUGCUGGAAGCUACCGAUCAAACUUUUAUUCCAGUGAAAGGGGAUGUGCGUCUGACUUCUCUCUUCUGGGAGUCAGAUGCACCACUCGGGGUGGCCCUGUGACAGCAGCCGGGCCUGCUUGUGUGUGUGCAUUUACCAUGAUUGUGCACACAGCAUGGUCUGUGCAAAAUCCGAGCCCAACUGGACACCUGCUCCCUGUGUGCAACCCCCGCCCCCGACCAUUACCACGGCGGUGUGGAACACGGAACUAUCCAUGCAAACCCAGUGCACUUAUAGAUGGAGUUGGGUGGGAAUGGGGGGCAUUGCCCCCCCCCCCAACAUUGUAUAUGUUGAUAAUGGGGGUGGGGACACAAUUUAAAGGUUUGUCCACCAGCUUGAGUCAUGGCCCGCCUGGGCAGGCCCCCUGCCCCAUUAGCCUCAGUCUCCCCUCCCAGAAAGCAGUGGCCCCUCCCUGCAGCACCCAGCUGCUGCUCCUGCCUCUCCCCGCAGGGUGUGGCUAGCAGUUCACCCAUCCUCCAAAGGGGGGGGGCUACUCUGAGUCAACAAGAAACCCACACAUGGGAGUGAGGCAGCCCUGCACCCACCCCAUGGCCCUGGUUGUGACGAUAUUAAUAUGAACUGGGACCGUAUAGAUCAUUGUUGCAACCAAAGUCCUGUUGUGGCACCAAAUCUUGUAUAAAAGGGGGUCAAAUAAGGUGUCUAAGACAAGGUUCUGGUUGCUGGUUCUGAUUAUGCUGUCUGUAUGCAGGUAUCAUUUUUGUAUUUAAAGUUACAAGUAUUGGCUCUGUACUGUCUGUAUUUCAAACUUGUGCUAUGCUUUCGGGUGACACCCCAGAUAAUAUGGCAUCAGCACUGCCUAGGCUGCUUGAUGGCCCAUUAAGGACCAUCAGCUAUACAACUGACCCACUGAGAGAAGGCAGAUACAGCUGGUGACUCAGCAAGGCAGGCAGGGACCUGCCUAUGGACAGAACUCUAUGGUUUUUCAUGCCAUGUGCUGGGUAGUGUGUGUCUUUGGGGCAAAGAAAGCAGAGACCACAUGGCAAGAGACUAUAAAAGGCUGCUGCAGUUCCUCCAUCUUGUCUUCAAUCUUGCUUCUUACCUCUGGGGGGACUUUGCUACAAACUGAAGCUCUGAACAAAGGACUGAAUGACCCA